GGCUGGUGGUGGUGCUGGUGGCGGUGAUGUUGAGUUGGGGGUCUGUGUGUUGUUGCUCUGCGCCCCAGCCCAUGUUAGACCUCUCAUCCUUCCACGGCAAGCUUCCCAUGUAUGGGCAAGGGAAGCCAGACGCACCACCCGCCGUCCUGUUCUUCUGUCCACACAAGACAGGGUCUGUUUUCGUGGAGCGGCUGCUGCAAGCUGUCAGGGACGUGUCACAUCAGUGCCACUUUCGCAUCGACCAUUAUGCUGGGAAGGUGUCUUGCGCCACAUACUCAAAGUGCACGGAGAAGGGUAAGGCUCCUGCUUUCGCGUCGGGGUUGGAUGUCGAGCCGUUGUGCACCACUUGGACCUUGAAGCUCUUGCAGGCGGCUGCGGACCCAGACGCAUCUUCUCCACCAGAGCGGGCGCCGCUGCUGAAACACGGGUUCAUGUGGGGCCCCAUUCGCCAAUCCCUUGAUGCAUCCGCUGUACUGGACCUCGCAGGCAACUUGAGACUUACGGGCUUCAGGCCAGCGCUCAUCUUCCACCGCCGCCACCCACUGGACCAGCUUGUUUCUGAGUAUCACUCGUUUGGAUUCCAGCACCCGCCCCCAAUCCAAGCUAGCGAAGAGGCACUUGAGCGGUUUCACGCGAUGAGGCAGCGCAUUCAGACAAUGACCAUCGACGAGUAUGUGCAGGAGCAGCUGCAGUCUGAGGAGUGGUGGCGCGUGCGAUAUGGCGCGCUCUUGCACGCACUUCGUUCGCCAGCGUUGCUGGAUCAUAUUCAGGUGGUGCACUCCAAAUACGAGGACAUGGUGCUGCACUUUCGCCAGUGGCUGGUGUCCAUCCUUUCCGUGUUUACAGCAUGGGACGACGCACACCGAAAUCAGGUGGCCGAGGAACUUGAGCUACAGUUUGCAGAGUCGUUCAAGCCAGACGGACGGCACAAGCACCGCGUGUGGCCAGGCAAGUGGGUGGUCGCCAACACCACGCACCAGCACCUCUUUGCGUUGCUCCAGUACACGCUGCUUCCUCCCUACGCUGACAAGCCGUCCCAAGACACGGCGUUCAGCCGCACCAACAGCAACAGUAACAGUAACAGCAACAAGCGCACUGGUGCUGCCCGGCCAACCAUUCGCCGGCACCACAUCCACUUUGGCAGAUAG